GUCUUUUUUAUUAAAAACGUUUAAAUUCCAAAAUUUUUCGUAUAGUUUAGUUCGGUUUCUAAGUUUUCAAGUUUCUCAGUGAUUGUAUGCGACGGUCGUCAUCGUUGUCGGGCGCGUGAACGUGCGAGUGUGUGUCAAGCCGGUGCGCGAUUAUGCGAUUGAAAGUACAAACAGGAUACGGACAAGUCCCAUAGGAUCCUAACGCACGAAUUUGCGGAUCAUCGAUUUUUAGCGGUACGCUAAAAAUAUCGAAACGAAUACGGAAGAACCGAAUGUGACACUUGAGACUCGGAGAAAUGUCAACGUAAUAAUGUGCGCGUAGUGAAUCGCGGUUGUGACAUCAGGUGAGCAGACGUACGCGCUCAAAGGAGAGUUUCUUACCGAAAUAUUUCACAGAACCAACAGCUUCACUGAUCAAGAACGAGAGUUAACCAAACGGACAACUGCGGGCCCCCGAAGAAGGAUGCCCUCGAGAGAAGAGUAGUCCCAACAUCAGCGAAUUCGUUAAGACGACAGACGCCUCGGUCUAUGGAGAAGGUGGUGACACUAUCAUCCGUUGAGAUGUGAUCCAGAACAUAGGAGGGACACUUAGUAGUUUGUAGUUGGUCCCCAUCUCCCCCCUCUAUCACCCCAUUACCCCACUAGCCCCCUCGUGACUUCUACCACCUACUCUACCUCCCCCUCUCCCCUCGUACACAUGCACGUGUGAUAAUCCACUUCACCGGUAAAGCAACCACCGGAUCAGCAGCUUCUCUCGAAUGCGCCGGCUACUCUACCGCUCAACGACACUCCUCCCUCCCUUUUAAUACGAUCCUAAUGAAUCUUUAUCGCCCGCUUUUCUUCAAACAACGUGCCAUACAACCCUCAGCAACCUGUGAUAUAAUACUCGAUGCCUAAUUUACAUAGACGUAGACAUCUAGUCGAAGACUAGAUCAGGCCGAAGGUUUCGUCGUAAAAAAAAGAAACUGCGAUUCCUAAGACAACAAUUUAGCCGACCAGAACAAGCAUUUAAGCAUUUUAAGCACGAGGAUUUUAGAAGAUUAUAGUACGAGAAGAGAAAAAAGAAACGGAAGACGGCGCCGGAGAAUGUCGACGUGCACCGACGAGGCCGAUAAUGCACCCUGCACUCUGUCUCCGGUGCAGGAGGCACCAGUUUCACCAGCGUCCUCCUCUCUGAGCAACCAAAAUCAAAACGAGAACGAGCAGGUCUUGCUGGCGACCAUGCAACCGGUGAACGUGCUCGAUCUGCACGAGCCGCCGGCCGUGCAUACGCUCCAUCCCAAGUACCACCAUCACCAUCAUCGUCACCAUCACCAUCACCAUCAUCAUCACCAUCAGCAACAGCAACAACACAUCCAGGGCAACGAUUCGGAAGACGUGCAGCAGCGCGCCGCAACUGCGGACGACUCUUUGCAGCACGAGGAUGAUCUGCCGCCGACGGUGCGCCAUGCCGUCAACGCGACCGUGCCGAAUGGCGGCGCCGCGACAACCACGACGACGGUUCUUGUGCUGCAGGAGCUCGUCGCGACCGAUCCGUCCGCCGCCGGUGCAGCUGCAGCCGCACAACAACUGACGCUUACCGCCGCCGCCGCUGCAGCGUCGUUUCGCGCUGGAGGAAGAAGCGUAGGAAGGAAGAGGAAGAGGAAAGAGGACGGCAGCACGAGUCAUCUCCGCUGGUGGAAGGUGGAGAAGCUGGAGGUGGAAAAGGAAGAAACGGAGGCGGAGGAGGAAGGAGGAGGAGGCGGGGGCGGAGGAGGAGAAGAAGGAGAGGACGAGGAAGGACGGAGAAUGAGGUGGAAGGCGAAGGCGGAGGCGCGAUAA